AGUUGGCUUCGAGCUUCGCUGGCUCCAGCUGGCCCCUGCACACGUCUCAAAGCCGAUCAUGAUGUUAUUUGCUUUUGCUCCCCCGGACCCUUUUCCCUUCCCCUGCUUUCGUUCCUUUUUCUUACCCCAGUCUUUCUUGCUUCCUCUCCUUCUCUCAUCGUGCCAAAACACCGAGCUCUCUCCUGGACUCGGUCCUCAUCAGGAUUCAUCGGUGGUCGAUCGGGGUUUCCUCGUUGAGUCAUAGGGAAUGCUCUGAGCGAUACCCAGUCAUCACCAUUUCUCCCAAUCAACAAUGCCCUCCUCCAAACCCGAUAACCGGAAAACGCCACAACUAGGCAGUGAUGACCUAGUUCCCUUUGAUCAUGUCGCCGCAGGACACGACGGGGUCCGCUGUACCCUGUCCGGCUCGCUAAUCGCCAAACCGUGUACGCGCCAGGAAGUCGAAUUCUACGAAUCGAGCGCCCUCCAUCCCGGUUUCCAGGAGUUUAUGCCCUUGUUCAUCGGUUCCCUCUCAUCUGCCGAGCAACAGCAACCGCUGGCGAUUGCUGCCGCUCAACAGUCCGGUGCGGCUUUUCUACCUGCCCUCGGAGACGCGACAACGACGGACCCCGUCCCGGAGGCACCAGCUUCACAAACAAGCACCGUGAUUCAGGAACCAGAGGCUGCCAAAUCGACGGAAUCGGCCUGGGUGCCAUCCGGUGGCAAGAAGCUAGAUACGGGGCUAUCUAUCGUGCUUGAAAAUGUCGCUUCUGGCUUUCGGCGACCAAAUGUCUUGGACGUAAAGCUCGGCGCGCGGCUCUGGGCUGAUGAUGCGCCACCCACAAAGCGCAGCAAACUGGAUGCCGUGGCCAAAGAGACGACCAGCUCAAGCUUGGGCUACCGUAUCGCUGGGAUGAAAGUGUGGACGGGCAAGAAUGGUGAUACGGUUGAAGGCUCCCUUACGGAUCCAUAUGCCACCAAACACGAAGGCAAAGAGGGUGCAAAGGGCGAGGUGAUUGAAAAGGAUGGCUAUCGUCGUUAUGACAAGUGGUACGGGCGAUCUUUCACAGACGAGAGCAUCAAGCAAGGCUUUGAGACGUUUCUCGCGGGCGCCAAGGCGGGCACGGUUGACCGUUCGAGAAUGAUCGCCCAACGGCUUGUGGAGGAAUUACGAAAUGUACAACAAGUACUCGAGUCCGAGGAGAGUCGUAUGUAUUCCUCGAGCGUCUUGAUUGUCUACGAAGGCGAUCCGGAGGCAAUGGAGCAUGCCUUGGAGGAGGAAAAGAAGAUCGCCGAUCUGAGGGAUCAAAACGGCGAGGAAGAAGACGAUCAGGACGACGACGAAGAAGAAGAACUCGAAUUCGAGAUCAACGAAGAAUCUCUCGAGCUCGUUGAUGUUCAAUUAGGGGACGGGCUUCCCCAAAAAGCCAUUAACAUCAACAUCGACCCGUCAACGGCGCAAUUCCCGACGUUGGGUGAUGAUGACGAGGACGAGGAAGAUGCUCCCAAAGUCCACGAUCUCCGUCUAAUCGACUUUGCCCAUGCUACAUGGACGCCAGGUGCCGGGCCGGAUGAGAACGUUCUCAUGGGUAUCCGAAGUCUGAUCAAAAUGUUCCAGGAACUGGCUGCAUGAGUCAGGAACCGGUAUAGAUCCUUCACGAUGAUUAUUACCAUUGCGAGCCUCGGGAUAGUUGCAGGCAACUACCAAGACCGAGUUCUUUUUCAUGGUUCCCGAAAAAGGCCAUUUCAUAGUUACGAUUCAGCAUGAAUUAGCCUGGUCAAUGCAUUUACAUCAUUUCAUAUUUUAAGUGCGAAUAUCAUCU